AUGAGCAGAGAAGGUAGCUGGGAGGGUAGCAGGGAAGGAGGCACCUACUUCAUGAUAUCUCGGUCGCUGGGGCCUGAGUUUGGCGCAUCGAUUGGUCUGAUCUUUGCGCUGGCCAACGCGGUGGCGUGUGCCAUGAACGCAGUCGGCUUCAGCGAGUCACUGCUCGACCUGCUCAAGAAGAACGGCGUCACCCUGGUGGACGGAGGCAUCCAGGAUGUGCGCAUAGUGGGUGUCAUCACCAUUUUCCUGUUGGUCUGCAUAGUUGUCGUCGGCAUGGAGUGGGAGGCCAAGACUCAGAUGGGACUUCUUGCGAUUCUCCUGGUUGCGAUAUCUGAUUUCUUCAUUGGAGGAAUUAUUGGUCCAACUGAUGAAAACAAGAGAGCUCAGGGAUUCGUUGGAUUUAACGCGACUGUCUUCGCCACCAACUGGAAGCCGGAUUACAGGGAAUAUCAGGGCACAAAACACGACUUCUUUUCCGUGUUCGCCAUCUUUUUCCCGGCUGCCUCCGGAUUCAAUGCCGGCGCCAACAUUUCUGGAGCUUAG